AUAUAAAGACAACAACAAACAGAUGGAUCUAGUGAUUCUAUUCCCGCCAAGGUGUCAUCCCUGUCAAACAAUGUCAUGAUGGAUGAAAUUUGAUUCUCAAAAUGCUCCCUAAAUUAACAUUUUAUUUUUAUUUAUUUGAAUUAUUUACAAUUAAAGAAGUAAUUGGCCAUGAUGUGGAUCCUCUGGGGUACAUACUUUAUUGUCCCUGCAUGGGCAGAUUUGGAAACCAAGCGGACCACUUUUUGGGGGCUCUGGGCUUCGCCCACGGUCUCAACCGCACUCUCGUUUUGCCCCCAUGGGUCGAAUAUCGUUAUGGCCAGCCCAGAUCCAUCCAAGUCCCUUUCGACAAGUAUUUUAAAGUAGCGCCUUUAAAGAAAUUCCACAAAGUCAUCACCAUGCACAAAUUCAUGAAAGAAAUCGCCCCUUUUGAGUGGCCCGAGUCAGAACGCAUUUCUUUCUGUUAUGUUAGCAGAGGAACCAGCAAUGACUGCAACGCUAAAGAAGGCAACCCCUUUGGACCCUUCUGGGACACUUUCAAUGUCGAUUUCGUCGGUUCCGAGUUCUACAACCCCCUACACUACGACACUUACCACCACAACAUGGCCAAACAGUGGCAAGACAGAUACCCACCAUCAGACUGGCCAGUUUUAGCUUUCACGGGAGCCCCAGCCAGCUUUCCUGUGCAAUUUGAAAACCGCCACCUCCACCAGUACCUCGAGUGGUCGAUCGAAAUCUCUCAAAAAGCUGACAACUUCAUCAAAAAAACUCUUCCACAGGGAGCUUUCGUCGCCAUUCAUUUGCGCAACGGGGUAGACUGGGUCCGCGCAUGCGAACACGUCCCCGAGAGCCCCAAUUUGUUCGCCGCCCCUCAGUGCCUUGGCUACAUGAACGAGAAGGGCAAAGCUACCAUGGAGAUGUGUCUACCAUCACAGCAGACCAUCAUCAGACAAGUGAAACGCGUCAUCAAGAAGGCCAGCAGCGACAACGUGAUAAAAUCGGUGUUUGUUUCUUCCGAUAAUAAUCACAUGAUCGCGGAUUUAAACGAGGCGCUGAAGAGGAUCAAAAUACAGGCUUUUAAGUAUGACGAGAAUGAGCCUCAUGUUGAUUUGGCUAUAAUGGGUAGGGCGAACUAUUUCAUUGGGAAUUGCAUUUCGUCGUUCAGCGCUUUUGUUAAGCGGGAGAGGGACGUUAGGGGGUUUCCGUCGAGUUUUUGGGCUUUUCCGCCAGAGAAGGGCGGCGGAGGAAGGAGGGAGCACGUUAAAGAUGAGCUGUGAUAAGAAUGUUUUUUUUUUUAUAUACGGAAUGAAGAUAUUGAUUUUAAAGUGUUGCUAAAUGGAGAUCUAGCAGGUUUGGUUAAAUGUCAUCUAAAAUGUUUGACCAUGUGUACAAUUUUCUAAGAAGUCACUUGGGGAAGUGGCAUGUUUUUGUGCUAUUUAUUGAAAGUAUAUUACAAUUUUUUUUCUGAUGGUUAUAAAAUGUCAAGUGACUUCUUAAAUGUUUAUAGUAUAGUGCAGUGGACAUUUUUAGAUUUACUUAAUUUAUUUUACUUAUUUACUAUUUUUAUUUUUAAUAUAAUAGAAUAGAAAAAUAGUUUUAUAUGCCAUUAAUUCAGAACCAAGCAGGUCUUGGUUAAAUGUCACAUGCAACAGUGACUUUACCAAAUAGAAUCAGAUUAGAUUUUCCAUUAUAGGAAAAUACGUUGAUAAGGCGUUUUAUUUAUAUUCUUAUAUUAGUAUUUGCGCAUAGAAAAUGAAUUUUGGGUAAAAAAAGCAGUUUUAAUCCAUAUGUUAAGUUAAAUAAUUAUGUGAGUAUAGUGAGUCAGAACUCGGAAAUUCAAGUCCUUUAACUGUGAAUUGUUUUAAAAUUAUUAAUUCUUGUAAAUAAUUUAUGUUUCUUCAAUUUUGAACUACAACCUUUUCAAAAAGUGUCACUCGUUAAUAUUUUUGCUCAGUUUUGACGUUUUCCGGGCAUUUUACACUUCUUGUAGUGGACAAUAAGCAAGUAGGACGAGUUAUUUAUAUUUUUAUCUAGUUAUAUUUAGUGUUUCACAUGUACGGAACGAGUUUUGAGAAAAUAUUUGUUUUAUUAAUGUUAUAUUAUCAGUUUAGCACUAGAGCGAACUACACCCAAAUAUCGCUUUAUCAAUGGGAUUCGAUAAUAAUUGGAAAUUUUUGAGAUAACGGUUGGCAUUUUUUAAUAAGGACUUCUGGUUCGUUAUUUUUGAGAAUUUUUGGAAAAUAAUUGACAAAAAUUUGUGUGAAAGAAGGCCGUGGCCAGGUUUAACGAGGAGUUUUUCCCAACGUGAGAAAACUUAAACUUCCCAAAUUUGAACGGAAAUUCCGUACAAUAACGAGAGUAAUUGUGUAAGGCCGCGGUUCAAUUACCAGAGUGUGAUAGUGGAUGUAAAUACGACGAUUGUCUGCGUAUUGUGUCUAAGAUUAUGCAAUUUAGCAAUAAUGCCAAUCGACUGCCUUUAUCGCGAUAAAGAUUUAUCAAAACUCGCUCUUUUUGCGCCUCUGCUUCCAAGUAUCUCUGUAUCCUGGAGCACUUUUGAUACAUUUUCGAUAAAAAAAAAACGUAAACAAC